AAAACAAAACAAAAGAAACAAAAAAAACCCCAUAUAUAUCGUAUUAAGUAAAUGAACAAAUAACUAAAAGAAAAAAGGUUAUUGCAAAAGUGCAGAGUUUGUGUCCAUGCACCUUCGCUUUUUCCUCCCAAUAUGUUUCUGUGUCUAACUACGGUCAAAAAUGAUUAGUAUUAAUUGUACUAUACACAUUAACAUUAAAUAUCCAUUUAUUAUAUUUAACAAUGUUUUAGGUAUUUUAGCUAACAUAAAUCAUUUUAUCAUAUUUACGGAAAACACGUGCAUAAUAUCAAUGUACUUAAUAAACAUUAGACAUGAAAUAAGCCCAGUAUUAAUUACAUUUUUUCCAACCCUUUUUUAUUUAAAUGUUUUUAUUAUGGUUAUAUGAUAAUUGUUAAACUUGAACAUGCAUCACAUUACAAUGGUACAUAAAUAACAAUAACGCAUUUGUUAUUCGUGUGCACUGAAAUAUGUCUGUAUUAAUGUACAAGUGACAAAGCAAAAUAAUCCGAUGAAUGGAACAAACAAAAUAAUUGAUAUGCACCAAUUUUCCAAAAUUAAUGUACAAUUAAUCAUAAUAGAAUUUAAGAAAAUCAAUUACAAAAUCAAUAAACCAAAAUAUAGUUUGCAUACAAUUUGUUUUUAAUUUAAUACAGUUGUUGCAUUCAAACAAUGUUCGUUUCUUCAUCGUUCCUGAUGUAGUUGUUGCUGUUAUUUUUUCAAGUGGUAAUGCUUAUUCUUCUCAGAAAUUAGUUUCUGCUUUAUUUGUGAAAAGAAAGAUACGGGUUAAACAAUGCCUAUAAUUCCACAAAAAAAAAAAAAUCCAGUAAAAGAGCAGAGAAAUCAGAUGUCGCAGGUGUAUUUAACAAAUUAUUAUGUACACGUAUGCACUGUUAAAUGUAAAAUAUAUAUCAAUAUCAUUUUCACUCGGUAAGUGUCAAUAAAAUGAUGUUACAAUUUUUAAUUGUAAAGGUAAACAGACUAUAUCCACUACGUGUUCACUGAACCCGUACAAUAUCCCGCGUGUUAAGUAUACUAGCAAAUAAUAAGUAUUCUACUUUGCAGCCAUAGUUCUUAUUAUGUACGUGUAGCAGUUCACUGGUAACGAAAUUGUGUUUACAAAUAGAAUUUUCUUAGUACAAUUUACUGGCAUUUUUGGAUUUAUUUUCUUUAUGAUACAUGAAGAGCAGAUAAACGUUUUAAAAAGCCUUCGUCUUUGUCCGCCUUGAAACCAAUUUCAAGUCCGUGUUCUAGAUGUCGCUGUUGACCACGUCUGAAUUUCCAAAUCAUGUGUCGGUGCGCACACGUGACAGAGAGGAGCCUGCGUCUCAAGGCCAUUUUCAAAUUUCAUUGGUGAGAUUGUCAUGUGGUUGCAGAGAGACCCUCCGGGUUAAGCGGGAUUGUUUUGCUAGAUAUGUCAUCUUACAAAGGACAUCUCUCUCUUCUUUAAAAUCUCUUCAAAAUGUCCUAUCCCAACAGCUCUCCCACUGCUAACACUUUUUUGGUAGAUUCUUUAAUUGGGGGCUGUAGAACAGACAAUUUCUAUUCCAGCAGCAACAUGUAUAUGCCAUCCAGUGCAGAAUUGGGAAGUUAUGGAAUGCAAACCUGUGGACUCUUGCCGUCUCUUGGCAAACGGGGGGAAGUAAACCACCAUAAUAUUGGCAUGAACGUGCACUCGUACAUACCUCAGCUUGAUAACUGGGCAGAUCCGAAUAGGUCUUGUCGAAUAGAGCAAGUGUCUAACCAGAUGCCCACUUGCACAUUUUCCCAGAAUAUAAAAGAAGAAAGCAAUUGCUGCAUGUACUCCGACAAGAGAGCAAAGGUCAGCUCGUCCGAGAUGCCCGCGUACUCCAAUCUGAUCUCCGAGGCGUGUACGGUGGACGGUCCAGAAAUUCCGGUCCCGGGUUAUUUCAGACUGAGUCAAACGUACACCACGGCUAAAAGUCAGCACUAUAACCACGAGACCACCACCCCGAACACGUUGAUGCAGCUGAACCGGCUGACUCCUAAACCCCACUCCGCGUCCUUUGUCGAGGCGGAUAAAAAGGUGCCGGAGAUUGAGGAGGAGGAGACGCGCAGCCCGAGUCCCGACAACACGGUGAGCUCUCAGGAGGAGAAGAGUAACACUGCCGAGGCGCCUGUCUCCAGCCCGGAAUUGCCACACAAGGAAGCGAAAGAAUGCAAAACGGAUACACCAACAAGCAACUGGUUAACUGCGAAAAGUGGUAGGAAAAAAAGAUGUCCAUAUACAAAGCACCAAACCUUGGAAUUAGAAAAAGAGUUUUUAUUCAACAUGUACCUGACUCGAGAGCGCCGCCUAGAGAUCAGUAAAAGCGUAAACCUCACCGACAGACAAGUGAAGAUUUGGUUUCAAAACCGCAGGAUGAAGCUGAAGAAGAUGAGCAGAGAAAAUCGAAUCCGGGAACUUAAUUCAAAUCUCACCUUUUCGUGAACAUGCAAACGAAUGCAUGCCCUUAAACAAAUGACCUGUCUGCCUCUCUAUAUCUGUUCACGAUGGCAUAAGCUACACAUUGAUGCUGUAGAACAUUGGACGUUUUUUUCUUUCUUUUCUCAUUCAAAUACUGUGAUUGUUGCUAUACGUCAAAAUAUUUUUUUUAUUGUAGUUACUUGAUGGUAUUCAAGUAUCGAUAUAAAACGUAUGGAUUGUGUAUAGCCAUUAUGUUUCACAGGGUAUGAAGUGGUCUUAAAUUAUAAUACGUGACAGAAACACCAAUUUGUGUUUGUUUUCAUUGGAGAAAAUAUAGUGUCGCACAGGACAGCACUGAAAAUCCUUGAAAACAUGACUUUGGACCUGAAAGCACAGCUACCGUUUUUAAGCAAAGUGGAAGCCCGCCAUCUUGUUAAAACUUGUACAUUUACGUGAAAUCUUACCAUUGAAAUUGUUCUGUAUAGUAAAUGUGAAAUGUAAUAUUGAAAUAUGUACCGCUAGUGCAUGUUUGUGGCAUGUAUCCUGUAAUAAACUGUCUGUCAAAGUAA